UUAUGCAAUUGAGAGAUAUCUGUAACCUCACAAUCAGCUGUCAAAUUCCAUCAUAAUAACACGGUUUUGAUUUUCGUAAUUUUAAAUAAAUAAUUAAAUUUAAUUAUAAAUAAAAAUGAAGAAAUCACCUAUCGUAAGGCGUGGCAUAAUGGGCUUUUUUCAAACGCCAACUGGACGUAAUGUGGUACUCUUUGCCACAGGCGCCACCACUGUGGGACUUUUCGCAAUCAACUUUUUGCCGCAUACAAUGGGUUUGAAAUACUACAAAGACUUUGUGCAAUGCUAUCAGAAUGGUAUACCACGACUGGUACCCGAACAGGUGAAAGAACGUUUGGAGAAGGCACUGGAUGUACUACAAUUAGAAAGAUACGAGCGGAAAAUUAUCAAACCAUUCACCGUUUUUGGUUUUGAUCUGUUCCAAGCGGGUUCAACAAAGUAUCGCUUUGGUGCUGCACUAGGCAUACCGGUAAAUUUUGCAUAUACAGAAACCAAGGAUAUAAAUCGACAAGAAAUACGUUUUCGUGAUCAAACUAUACAGUGGAACACGGAAUCUGGAAAAUUGUUGCAAGAUGCGAUAGUUUUGACCGAGGAUGAGCAAUUGUUCGGUUUGUGUAAAUCUGUGCUACAACUGCGAACACAUCGAGUUUUAUUGAAUUCGCUAUUUCCAAGCUUCUCAUUUCUAACUAUGUACACGAUUGGUCAUUAUUUGAAUGUGCGUAUGAAUUUGCUUGCGGGACCUUUAAGUUUGCGUCUUGUAAUGUACACGAUACUGGGAUUGUUCGGUGUUGGCAGUUGGUCUUUUAUGAAGGACUUCAAUCAAGUUCGUUAUGAUACUGAAAUCGACAAGAAGUUGUGCAGUUUGGGGCCGCAAUUCGUAGAAGCAGGUGCGAGUUACUAUGGCAAACUCCUGAAGAAAAAUAUGGCACUUCGCGAAUUAAUUGGCGACGACACAUACACUGCGCGGGGCAACGUAAACUACUUCCUACGGCAAAAAUCACUACCACUGACUGUGCACAAAUCUUAUUUCGAAGAGAAACUGCAGGAAUUACGAGCAAACACACAAACGUCGGUAGAAAUACAAAACUAAAUUGUUAUUGAACUAUAUUAGUGUUUGUUUAAUUGUAAAAAUAUUAUAAGUAUAAUAAUAAGUCAAUUGGUUUGCACUUUUAAUGGUAAAGUACUAAACUGAAAUUUACGGCAUAUUAUUUAAGCAACACCCAGUGGUAUAACCAGACUCAUUCUAUCCGCCAUUUCCCCCCAUUCGACGCGCUUUGCUUGGAAUAUGAUUAUCCAGGUUAUAAGUACGACUAACCAAAUCAGCGCACCUAUCAGCGACAAGAUCACAACUAAAAUAUAAAGUUUUAUAGAAAUUUGGUAUAUGUGCAGUAGAUGUGGAAAGUUCUGCCUUACAUUUCUUUAUACUUUUCUGUUCUGGAAAUUGUGGUAGCAGAAAGGCAGCAUCAAAAAACCAAAAGACAUUGAUUGUCCAUAAGAAGGGCAGACAAGCUAAGCCACC